UUAUAUCAAUAUAUACAACAUUAUAUCAGGAAUGGGGAUGGGACUGGGGAAUAGCUGGGUGAAAAGCUGAUGAACAGCUUCAUAUCUAGGACCUUCCAAACAAGUGGUCAAUAGCAUCAUCUCUCUCAUAAACUAUAAAACUAGAAAAUGGCAGGGCUGGGAGAAGAGAAAGGAUUGAAAGUGCUCACUCCUAUGGGACCCUUUAUCAUCAGAAGUCUGAAUGAAGUUUCUCCUUAAAGAGGCUAAUAUCCUCUACCACCAGAAUACUGAAAGAAUCUAAAAAUCUAACAGUGGCUGUUUCCCUCCCUAUCUAUCUAAUAUCUCCUUCCUGUUUCUCAAGACUUAAAGGGAAUGACUGAUUUAAGAGUGGGAGGAGAGAUGUGUAAUUAAACAGGUGGAGAGAAGAGUUCAGAGGAAAGAGAAGGAAGACAAUAUAUUACCAACCUCUGACCCAGUCUCUCAAUGAAGGUGUACAACUUGAACCAUCUAGGAGAACAAGAUUUCCCUCUACAUCCUGAAGACUAUGGACACCUUCUUGAAACUUUGCCUCAUGAGUACAGUAUUGCUGAGCCCCCUCUCCCAGGCUUUUAAUAGUGAGCUGGUAAAAUGCUUUGAUGACCCCCAAUAUGAAGACCUGCUCAGGCUAUUGCGGGAUGGCCUGGGAGCACCCACUAAGAAGAAGAGUGUGGUAGUGAUUGGAGCUGGCAUAGCUGGGCUCACUGCUGCUAAAGUUCUACAGAAUGCUGGCCACCAGGUUACUGUGCUGGAGGCCUCUGGACGAGUAGGUGGGAGAAUUGAGACGCAUCGAGUGCCUGGGGCAGAGUGGUAUGCUGAACUUGGUGCCAUGCGGAUCCCUGCCAACCACAUGCUUUCUCGUGAACUUAUCAGUCAAUUUGGGUUGAAGUUGAAUGAGUUCUCCAGAUAUGAUGACCGAACAUGGGUCCUCAUCAAUGGAGUGCGUCGACGGACUGGUGAGGUACAAGCCAAUCCUGGUCUGCUUGGCUAUCCAGUCCGGUCAGAUGAAAAGGGGAAAACAGCUGACAAAUUGUUUGAUGAAUCCCUGAGGAAGGUAGUAGAAGAAUUGAAAAAGAGCAACUGCAGUCAAAUACUAGAAAAGUAUGAUUCCUUCUCCACUAAGGAAUUUCUAAUUAAAGUGGGAAAUCUGAGCCGAGGUGCAGUGCAGAUGAUUGGAGAUCUUAUGAAUGCUGAUGCUGGUUACUAUGAAGCUUUCACUGAGACAUUAAGAGGAGUUAUUUUCUUCUUCCAGAAUCCCCGGUUUGAGGAAAUUACUGGUGGCUUUGACCAGCUCCCCAAGGCCUUACAUGACUCCCUCCUCCCUGGCACUGUCCAUCUCCACUCACAAGCAAAGAAGGUAGUAAGGGAUGGGGACUACGUCCAUAUUGUCCAUCAGACACCUGACCCCCUUCGACCUCAAGCCCGCCUGACUGCCAACUAUGCUAUCGUGGCCACAACAGCUAAGGCUGCCCGGCUCCUCCACUUUCAGCCACCUCUGUCUCCAGGCAAAGAAGAUGCCCUGCGUUCAAUCCACUACAACAGUGCUACCAAGGUGAUCCUGGCCUGCACCAAGCGCUUCUGGGAGCAGGAUGGUAUUUAUGGUGGGAAGUCUAUAACUGACCGUCCCUCCCGAUUUAUCUACUACCCCAAUCAUGACUUUCCCAAUGGAACAGGAGUCAUCUUGGCCUCCUAUACCCUGGAUGAUGACUCUACUUUCUUUGCUGGCAUGGAUCAAAAGCGGGCAGUGGAUGUAGUGUUAGAAGAUCUGGCUGUCAUCCACAAUCGCCCCAAGGAGGAGCUUCAGGCUUAUUGUCCCUACUCUGUGGUCAAGCGUUGGAACCAAGAUCCUUACUCCAUGGGCUGCUUUGCCUUCUUUACUCCCUACCAAUAUGUAGAUUAUUCCCAAGAACUCUUAAAACCUGAAGGCAGGAUACACUUUGCAGGAGAACACACCACCCUCCCUCAUGGUUGGAUUGACACAGCCAUCAAAUCUGGACUCCGAGCAGCCCAGAAUAUCCAAGAAGCUGUGGGAUUAUUGAAAGACGACAAGGAACCCAGGAAGGAAAGUAGGUUUAAGAGUGAAUUAUAAUCAGUGAAAAAGCACUUACAUUGAUGAGGUAGUAUAGAGUAUUAUAGUGAAAAGAACCUUGACUAAAGGUUUUUAAAUCUUGCCUCUGGCAAUCUAUUUGACCAUAGGCAAGUCACUUAACUUCCUCAAACCGUCCUCACUUUUCUCAUCUGUAAAAUGGAGAUAAUAAUUAUUGUUGAUACCAACCUAAUAGGAUUAUUAUGAUGAUCAAAUAUUAAAAGAUAUUCCUGACCUGCCAUCAGUAGGCCAUACAUAUUCUUAGCUGAUUUCCUAGUCAUAGGGAUGGAUUGAAGAGACCAGCCUACAAGUUGUCUCUCCUUUGAUAAAUGAUGCACAUUUGUGAGAUAGAUGCCUGAAUGACAUCUUCAGCUAAGGAAUAAAAAACAAAGAAAAAUCAGGUGGAUAUCAAAUCCCAAAUCUUGCUCUUAGAAGCUCUGUAUUGUGACCAAUUGAGUUAAUUAUCUCAGUAAUUAAUAAUAGGUAGUUUAAUAAAAAUAUCGAAUUAUAGUUCAUUAAUUACAUUUAAAUGUCAGUUGCACAAAAUGUAUAUUUUAAGGAGAGGACUAAUUGGCCUGAUAUUAGCAUUUGUUAACCAAUAAGUCACAUUUUCAUUUAACAAUAAAUCAAUAACCAAAUUUAAACCUGCUUAAUAUGCUUAAUUAACAACAUAAUAUGCAUUCCAAAAAUUAGGAGACUUUCUGUCUUUCUUGGAGUUAUGUCUAUUGUAUCUACCCUCAUACACGUUCCUUUAUAUGAUCCUCACUGUGGUCUUUCUACCUCUCAUAUCUUGAUACUUGAGCAACUUUUCUUUCCAUGUUGAGAUCCUGAGAGAUGGAGGGACAAACAAUAAAUAGGAACAGGUAAACAGUAGUUUGGAAGAUGGAGGUGAGCUAAUGAGUUGGAGUUAUUUUUAGCAACCCAAUUUUAAUUGUAUCAUUAAUCAGUCCCUCUGGGGACACAAAAAGGUACACAAAAGGGCAGAGGGAAUAAGGAAGGAUAAAAUGUAGAGUGAUUGGUAAUCUACUAGCCAACUCAAAGACCUCUGGAUUUGUUGACAUAGAUAAACCCUGGCAUUCUUUCUCCCACCUUUUGGGUCAAAGUUCAAGCACUUUCCACCACAGGUAUACUCUCUCUAAUCUGUUAAAUCCUUUUAAUGGGAAGCAGGUUGGGGAGACUACAAUUUAUAGCUUUUAAGAUUUAUAUCACUAUCUCAAAGUGGCAGUUUUAUAUAGUACUUUUUCUUCUCUCCUCAA